AUGUUCAAGAUGGAAGAUGCUGUGCUUGGCGAUUUUGGUGCGAAAUACCUUAAGGACAACAUGAACGAAUCCUUCCUGACAGCUCGAAACGAAGAAUUUGAAAAUAUCAUUGAACAGUGAACCAGCGGAAGAUAUCUGGUAACCUUUGAUAAGGGUGUUGAGGAUGAUAUGUGGCGUACCCUUAUGUGGUAUGACUUCGUUGAGAACAAUGCACAGACGUACACCGAGUACCUCUCAUAUGUGAAUGGAAACACAGAUCUCUUUGAAUAUGAAGUAGACGAGAGCUGCGUUGAUGAUCCCGAAAAGGUUUUGGAUAACUUUAAGCCGAUUUUGUUCUAUGACAUCACUGAUGAAAAUAUAGAGAAGAUAGUAACCAUGGAUUACUGGAAUAAGAAUUCAGAUAAAAGGAAAAAGUAUAUGCCGGAUAACGAAAACAAAUUAUUUUCAAAUGACAAGGAUAUGGGAAAAACAUAUCCGGAACGUGCCAUGCGGCCACCAAGAAACCUAUCACCUGAUCCUUCCAUGGGUGCUGUCUAUGCAGGUCCGAUUAAUCCUGCAACCCUGGUAGGUUAUGCAGAAUUUGAUGAGAUGAGCGGCAUGCGUGCGUCCUUCGCAGUUGAUUCAAAUAUGUUGAGGAAUGACGAGGAUAUGAUUAUAUGCGAAGCCUGCGGUGCUAAAAUGCCAAAGAAGGGAAAGUUCUGUCCGGAGUGUGGAAGCACUAAUGCAGAAUGA